AUGGGGCCGGUUCUGGGUGUCGGGGGCUUCCUCGAGGCCCAAGCGCGAUCCCUGCAAGGCAGCCCGCGGCCAGCGGGCCCAGGCCGGGCGGGGCCCGUGCGCAGCUCGGUGGCUGCGCCGGACUGCUGCGGAGGCCUCGGCAACCUAGACUUCAGGAAGGCAGACCUCUGCAUUAUGACCCGGCUGCUCGGCUACGUGGACCUCUCGGAACCCCACUUUGUGGCUGCCGUCCUUGCCAUUGUCUUCAAUCCUCUCUUCUGGAAUGUGGUCGCGAGAUGGGAACACAAGACCCGAAAGCUGAGCAAGGCCUUUGGGUCCCCCCGCCUGGCCUGCUACACCCUGGGUGGGGCCAUCCUGCUCCUGAACAUCCUGCGCUCCCACUGCUUCACGCAGGCCAUGCUGAGCCAGCCCCGGAUGCAGAGCCUGGACAACCCCGCAGCCUACCACGUGGGCCUGGCACUCCUGGGAGUGGGCGGUGUGUUCGUCUUUUCCAGUUUCUUGGCGCUGGGCUUCACCGGGACCUUCCUAGGUGACUACUUCGGGAUCCUCAAGGAGGCCAGAGUGACCAUGUUCCCAUUCAGCGUCCUGGACAACCCCAUGUACUGGGGCAGCACGGCCAUCUACCUGGGCUGGGCCAUCGUGCACGCCAGCCCCACCGGCCUGCUGCUGACCGCGGUGGUGGCACUCAUCUACAUGGUCGCCAUCCUGUAUGAAGAGCCCUUCACCGCUGAAAUCUAUCAGCAGAAAGCCUCCCAGGCCUGUAAGAGGAGCUGA